AUGAUGGCCGUGAGGUCGCCGCUCUCUGUCUUAUCCUACCACGACACCUCUCGCCCGUUUGCGGGGCCAGAUUCGAUGUCCCUCGAGGUCGUUUCAGUUCCGUCAAAUGCCAGGAACUCGAAACACUCAUCACUUAAUCCUGUUCUAACCGACCCUUCCGGUUCAACAGACCAAACGGACCAAACGGCCGCCACAGAGACUUCGCCUGUGGCUUCCUCUGCCAAACAAUCCGAAGAUACGGAGAUUGAUGAGGAGAAUGACGGCGAGGAGACCACUCCAGUAACCCCAGUGGAAACCCCGAUUCCUUUUACCCCGUCAGGAUUGGAAAUCCAAACAACCAAUCCACGGAAUGCCAGGCUUGUGACAAGUUUGGAUGAGGAUGAGCCUCCUCAAUCCGUAAUUCAUGCUCCGCCUGGAUUUGGAGAGUUUACGUCGACACAACCCUCAUCAGAAGAACUUUGUGACGCAGUUGAGUCACCCUCGUCGGGAUCAGGAUAUUCAAAAUCGGCUGAGGCUCUCGACAUCACGGAUCCCAAGAAGAUUGGCACCAGCCCCAUAUCCCCACCUCCGCUAACAACCUCAUUUCCUCCCACCAAGGAUUGGUCUGAUAGAGCAACCCCGCGUGCACAAACACGGCAUGACUUUGAAGAGUCGGAACGGCGGACACGUUCAAGCAGCUUAGAAGAUAUUCCUGAAAGCAUCGAAUUCAAAACACCCUUAGAGAUGUCUCCAAGCUUGAGAACCCCUAGUUUCGCAUCCAGGAACUCUGGCAGUAAAGAAGCUGAGAUUAAUGCCCUUCGAGCGGCCCUUACGGAGUGUUGGACCUUGUGCAAUACAUUGGCUAGUUUAAGCUAUAUCAAUCGAGAAAGACUCCUACGCUCCCAUAAAGAUGGGAAGCAAGAAGACGCCUGGAGAUCAUGUUGGAGACUAUGCCAAAAGCUAUAUGACACCCAUGAUGAUGACUAUGCGUCUCAGGUUAACCCGACUCUCGACCUGUGCCGAGAUUUCUGCCAAGCGCUGUUUGAAGUCCGGGUUUGUGAUAGCGACCUGACGGACUCCGUGCUGCGGGUGAGCUUUGAACUCAACAAUCACCUUUAUAACACCCAUGAUCGGAAUCUACCGGACGCAUUUCGGGAACGAACCCUAGAUUUCUACAUAACCCUGUGUCACCGCCUAAUGAAGCAGCGUACUCGCCUGACGGAGACGGAUUCCCUGCUUAGCGCAUGCUGGUCCUUGGCGGAGAUGCUUUUCAGCAUUCGUCAAAGCAAGAAGGACGAAAAGCCAUUUGAUGAGGAGCUCCUAGGCUCGGCGGUGCAAGCCUGUUGGGAGCUCUGCGACAUCUUUCGUGAAGGUUGGACGUUGAAUAACAUGCGCAGUUCCGAUCGAGGAACUCCACGCCCCAGUCAAACGACCUUUUCCCAGGCGUUCCAGCAAGCGACCCAGCAGUCGGAACUGGAGUUUGAAACUGAUUUGGGCCAGCUUAUGAACCCCGAAACCCCUACCACCAUCUUCGAGGAUACGGCCACUGUUUCACCCGACGAAGCGCCUGUCCCGAAUAUUCUUGUCUUCGGAUACGGCAAUGGUCAUACCUCACAAGGCAUGUGGCCCUCGAAUGCAUCGAGUAUUUCGGAGAAGUCUCGGUCAUCGGGACACACGGUCUCCUCCACAAAUACGGUGACCAGUGCCUCGGAGAAUCCCAAUUUUACCCGGCUGAAGGCCCUUGUUACGAAGGCCGCUAUCAAUAGUGGCUACCAAAGAGGCGGCGCACAAAAUCUCUCAUCCUUCGUGAAAUCUCUGCCUUCCGAUGCGUUUGGUUCGGCUCCGUGGCAAAUCUCAUUGCUGAAGAACUAUAGAAAGCUCGUGGCGUUCGACCCCGUCUUUCGUAAUGUCGGGGCACAGGCUCGGGUCAGCGCCAUAGAUAUGGCGCGGGCUUGUCAGGCGAUGGUUCAGAGUGGCCAGUACUCAUGGCUUCGAGAUCUUUAUCGCCUGGUCUUCGGGUUCCACCUAGAGGAAGCGAUGGGCCGGAAAAGUGUGAGCAUCCAAACAUAA